UCUGGAUCGGCAAACCCUCCCCGUUUCAGGUGCAGCAUAGAUAUACUCCAUCCACCGCCCUCCACCCUCCCCUACCAGUAUUUCUCUCGUUAACAAAAAGUAUACAACACACAACACAACAACAACAACUAGCCAGAGCCUCUGUUUUCAGGUCUCUUACUUCACAAAGACAAAGACACGGUCAAAGUUCUUUGUGUGAGACUGCUAGUACAAAGAUAACCUCCACCACCGCCAAUUCCAGCCCACCCUCCAACUAUACGACGCUGACUGUAUUCGACUGAGCAAUUAACCCUACCUCUUUCCGAAGAAUCGCAAGCUAUAUCACCCAGAGAGGACCUCGGGCCUUCACCUCCUCUCCACAUCAUAAUGGCCGACUUUGACUAUCCUCAGUCUCCAACAAUGUCUCAAGAUCGACAUAUGGGCUCCAUGGCCGCCGCUCUCAGAAUGAAGUUGGAACAUCUGCCCUCGUUAAAUAUACACAACCUCGACAUGCACCGAGCACAGCAAAUACGACUUUCCCACGAACUCAGCUCUGCCACAUCCUCCCGCUCUGCACACUCCUUCUCAUCACAGCAGUCGGACGACACCGAUGCCACAGACCUCACAGUCACACCCACCCGGUCGCGGGCCAGCACGUUUGACAAUGCAGAAAGAAUCACAUCUCCUUUAGUACAGACCGAGCCAUGCAAACCACCCUUGCGGAUAGUGCUCGGAACGGCCUCGGUGGGUUCACACCUGUCCCCUCUGGCCAAGAUCACCACCGUCGAAGACGCCUCCAAGUUCAUCAACCUAUUCCGAUCGAGGGGUUACAACGACAUCGACACUGCCAGAGCGUACCCCGUCGGUCGUGGAGGCACAUGCGAGAAACUGUUGGGAGAAGAAGAACUACGACUGGCCAAAUGGGCCAAUGUCUCAACCAAGGUGUCCAGUUUCAUGCCUGGCUCUCACCGAACCAAGAACAUCGGCCUCAGCAUCGACCGAUCAUUAGACGCCCUCAACACCGACCAGGUGGACGUCAUGUACCUCCAUGCUCCUGACCGAGCCACUCCCUUCAGGGAGACCUGUGAGGCCAUGAACAAGGCUUACCUCGAGGGCAAGUUCGAACGUUUCGGCCUCUCCAACUACUCCGUGGAGGAGGUCGAAGAGAUCGUUCGCGUGUGUGAAGAGAACGGUUGGGUGAAGCCCUCUGUCUACCAAGGCCAGUACAACCCCAUCUGCCGAGGGGGUGAGGAACGCCUGUUUGCCGUCCUUCGCGAGCACAACAUCGCCUUCUACGCCUACAGCCCGUCGGCGUGUGGCUUCUUCUCCAACAAGGUCUCUCGGGCUUCCACCAAGGACAAGAGCAGCCGAUGGAACAUUGCCUCACCUCUGGGUGCCAAAUACGCCGGCGACUACUUCCACGACCCUCUGUUUGCUGCAGCCGAGAUUGUCCGACAACAAGCCCAGAAGUACGGCAUCUCAGGCCACGCCGCCGCCCUGCGGUGGACCACGUGGCACUCGCAACUUGGUGCCGAAUACGGCGACGCAGUCAUCGUGGGUGCCUCCAAGCUCUCCCAACUCAAGGAGAACAUGGACAUUCUCGAACAGGGCCCCCUUCCCGAACCAUUGGUGGAGACCCUCAAUGGUGUCUGGGAAGACGUACGGUCAUUCGAGAAAGGCCCCCGCUUUUCUUUUGUCUAAAAACCAUCAUGUACUACACAUUUUGGGUCUUUUUACGUUUAUCGGCCUUGGGCACGACCGGUUCGAUUAUGAUGACUAUUUGGGAUUGUAAUCAUCCGGGAUCAAAUGAAAUGAACUUGACGGGGCGUUUACGAGGGAACACAUUGGUCCAGCUUGAAAGAAAAUCUUAUCUUUCGAUGUCGAUCCCUCAAGUGCUGAGAUGGAUCUUUAGUUUUGUGUCUUUUUUUUUCUAUGGGAAUGCAUUUUCUCUAUUGAAGUGGACUUUUACGAGUUCCAAAGUGUUGAGAGUACUACCAUUCGGGUACUACUACUACUACCACCUAUCAUGUGUAUGACGAUACCCUACUGUAUGUUAUGGAUAUUAUUUUGAGAAACCAGAAAAAAAGGGACCCCAAGAGCAAUGGAACACCUGUGUUCUCUGGUAGACGCAGGGUCCUUGAGACCAGAAACGAAACCACUAGCUUUAGGUAGCUCGAGGUCAGAAAAAUGGAAUUGUACAAGGACAAGCAAGAAAGCCCCGUUUCCUUUCCAACGUGAUAUGUCAAUGUCUGAAAACGGAG